GCUUUUAUACGAGUUCAAAAGUUGAGUCUGACUGAUUUCAAGAAUGACCCUGUCCUUCUGAAGAUCUUCAUAUCAUCCAAACCAGAGAUUUGCGUUUUUUCAUUUCAGAAACCGCCGUACUCAUACAUAUGGCUAACUUAUAUGGCAAUACAGAAUUCUGAAGAGAAGAUGUUACCGCUGACUGAAAUUUACAAAUUUAUAAUGGAUAAAUUCCCGUUCUAUCGUAAGAACACGCAACGGUGGCAGAAUUCACUCAGACACAAUUUGUCAUUUAACGAUUGCUUUGUUAAAGUGAGUAGUCGAUUGAGCAUGCUACCACACUUUUUGUCUAUCGUCUUGAACAGUUCAAUAUUCUCAGAUGUGACUCUCCGAAAUUAUUUACAAUUAUACUCAUUGUUGGAAGGUAAAUCCUUGGAAUUAUUCAAAUUGAUCAUAUCAGUAUUUGAUCAUAUCAAUGCUGAUCAAAAUAUCGCUGAUAACGAUUCGACACAACUAGUGAUAAUCGCUGAAAAUCGUUAUUCAAUAAUGGAAGGUAUCGAUGCUGAGGAUUUAAGACGUUGA